AUGGGAAACUUAUUUUCCGAAGAAGUUCAGCCACCACCGACGCCACCGCCAACGCAAGCACCAAUCACGGAAGCUUCUCUUUAUCUGGAUUUCAACAAAUAUGGCUGGGUCUAUAUUGGUGGUGCCAUCUUUUUACUCGUCAUUCUCGCUUAUUCGAUUAACAAAUGCUGUUGUAAAGCCAAAAGUGAUAAGCACAUAGAAAGCGGAACCCUCUACGAUCCAAGCUUACAGCCUCAAAUGUCUUAUAUCCAGCGCGAGCAGUACUUGGGCCCAGUAAGGAAAAGCUCCAACUACAGUAAUGGAACGCUCCCGUCCGUCAAAUCCGGCAAGGCGGUUCAAGUCCAUCGCGAAUUAAGCCUCGACAUUCCAAAUUCCUCAAAGCUCAUGCUCUACAAUCCACAGUACGCAGGAAAGCCGAUAGAAACGCCCCUUUACUACGAUAAUUCGCCUGCUAGUCCUUAUAAAUCUCCACUUCGAUACGGGUCACGGUCAAGUCUCCGCUCUUACAGAAGCAUGGGGCGGAUGAAAAGCUACAGUAACGAAGAAGACUCGCUGAUAGAGCCGCCAAGCUUCAUUUCAGAGGAUAAUGCUAUUUUAGCGGUAGACAACGAACGCGAGCCUAAAAGGGUUUAUUCCACGAGAUCGCUGAGCAAAUCCAGUCGCUCGAUGGAACAAAUGGUCAAAGAACACAUCGACGAAGAAGUCGAGCGCCGGGUCAAAGAAGAGCUACAACGAAUCAUCGUUGGCAGCAGCUCAAACUCAACGCCAAAAAUCACCGAGUUCAGCUAG